UUAUAGUCCUCUCUUGAUUCUAUUGUAUUGAACAUAGAUAUAUAUCAUGAUAUUCGCAAUUGAUAUUUUUAUAUGAUACAUAAAAAAAAUUGAUUUAAUAUUUUAUAAAAAUGUCAAAUUCACUUGUACGGAAAGGUCUUGAAAUACUGGGUUAUGAAAACCAUGUAAAACAAGAAAAAAAGAAACGAAAACACAUAAAAUAUAAAGGUUCACUGGAUCUAAUCCCUUCAAAACACAGAAUAUUAUCUAAAACCGAUAAAACAGAUCUCAGCACAAUACUUGGACAAUCAAGCAGAGUAACUGUUUAUGAAACUCAAAAAAAGUUAGCUGCACAAAAAGAUCUUACUGAUGAAAAUGUAGAGAGACUUUUAACAUUUAGUAAUAAUCGCAUCGAUCCAAAUACAACAAACAAGUUAUUAACUAGAGCUUUGAAGAAGAAGUACGUUCCUAAAGAAAAGAAAUCUAAAGAAUCUGAAACUACUGCAUUUACAGAAGAAGAUUUUAAGAAGUUUGAGAAAGAGUACAUAGAUCAAUAAUUUUACAUGUUUUGAAUUAUAUGUUAGGCAUACGAAUUAGUAAACUUCACUUAUUAUAUCAUUGUAGAAAUACAAACAUUUAUUUGUA